CUUCACCCAGCCGCACAUCGUCUACCACCCGUCGGCGUCACUGGCCGCGGCGGCUUCUGCCGCCUCCGCCGCCGGCUCUCCCCCGGGCGCCUUCCUCUCCUCGGCCACGCCUACCGGACUCAUUCUCACGCCCCCCUACGCUGACUACUACGGACUGGGACCGGCCGGGGCGGCGGGCGCCACUGCAGCGGGCAAUCCAUUUGCGGCGGCAGCGGCAGCAGCGGCCGCUUCCGGCUACUCUGACGCCGCCAUUCUGACGCCUUUUCUGACGCCCGCAGCCUUUGUGCCCACCUCUAUGAGCGGCUCCUCGCAGAUGGCCGGUGGACCGCAUCAUCACGGAGGCGGAAAUGGUGGAAAUAGUCACCAUCAACACGCCCACCAGGGCCACCACCAGCACGCUCACCACCACAAUGGAGGGCACUAUGGCGGAAAUGGGGGCGGGGCCGCAGGUGGUGGUCACGGUAGCGCGCAGCAGCAGCAGCAACAGCAACAACAACAGCAGCAGGCAAUGGCGGCGGCGCUGACCGCCGGGGGCGUGGUCGUGCCUUCCUCAGGCGCCGGCUGCGGCUCCAAUUCAUCGGCGGCGGCAGCAGCGGCGGCGGCGGCCAACGCUGCAGCUGCGGCCUUCUACCUGAACGGCCCCACCUCGAAUGGCUUCCUCACGGGCGUCAUAGCGCCUUCCUCUACGGGUGCCUACUUGACGGACACUCGCAUCUAA